CUAAAAAAGGGACUUUUCCUGAAAUUAAUAUUGACAACAUUAUGUCUUUGAGUAAUUUCUAGAAAUAGCUAAUGAAAUUACAUGACCUAGGUAAAUGUUAACAAUUCUUGUUGCAAAAAAAAUUUUUUUUUUUGUUUUGAUCUAUUAUUUAGAAAAAUAUGAGUGAACACUUUAAGUUUCUCGAAUCUUUCGAAAUCCAGACUGACUUUUACAACUUUUAUAAUGCAUUAGCGCCUCUUGUGUUCAACUUUGAUUUAGAAAACAAAGAAUUUUUAAAUCAAGUGAAAUCUACAAGUUUCCUUACUUUCAAUGAAAAUGAAGAAAAAAUUGUGAAAUCAGACAUCAAGUUUGAUGAUGAAGCAAUUCGCUGUGCCUACUUACUUAAAUACUCUGUUAUAAAUUCUUUUUCUACUUACGAACAUUUUCUAAAUGUUUAUAACUGUGAUUCUAAUUUAUUCAAUCAAUUGAAAAAAAUGAAUACUUUACGAAUAUGCUGUUUUGGUGGGGGUGCAGGAACAGAGUUACUGGCUGUUACCAAAGUUAUUUCUGACUUUUUAAGAAGUAACAGUAACGAGGAGAACAAGUAUUCUAUCAAAUUAUAUUUUACUGUUAUUGAUGUUUGUAAUGAGUGGGAAAGAUGGAUUUUUUUAUUAGUAAAGAAGCUAAAAAAAUUUUAUAAAGAUAUAGUUGAUGUGCGAAUGAGAUUUGUUCAAGCAGAUGUAACUAAGAAGUGGACUGAAGAUGUUUUAAAAGCUGUACAAAAAGCUGAUAUUCUGACUAUGGUGAAAUUUCUUUCGGCUCUUAACCUGAAUGAAGUUGAUUAUGAGAAAAAGGAAGAUGUAAGGCUGUUAAAGAAUGUUGCUAACAGGAUGAAACUGAAUUCCUGGAUUUUUUUUCUGGAUUUUGCAGGAGGAGGAUUUUAUAAAACGAUAAAAGAUGAAAUGAAAAAAUACCAAUAUUUUCAACAGUGCCAAUCAUUUCUUCAUCAAAAGCACUCAGUUAACAAAAAUAAUUUGAAACAUUCAAGAAGACCAUUUUAUACUUUUAUGUAUCUCAUAAUGUCUAGAAAAAGUUCUACACAAAUUUCCAGUGGCACUUGGCAAAAAUGUGUACCAAAAUUAAAAGAAAAGAUAAAAAAGCCAAAUAAUGUUAAGAAAGUUCCAAGAAACCAGAAACUAUCAUCAGCGUCUAGCAUUUUAGAAGAACAAAUUGAUGGAUUGUUGUUGAAAGAGGUAUUGAAGGUUACGGAGGAAGAAUUGGAUGAUUGGUAUGAGAUUCCUGCAGAUCAGGAAGAUCCUGACAGGGUCAGAGAAAUAGAAAUAAAAAAUGAAACUAAAAUGGAGAUUCUGAAAAAGUCAGGAAUAUACAUAGUGAAGAUAAAUAAAGCUAAAAAAAGUUGUUAAUAAUAUAUAAGAAUUAGAGAAAUAAUUCAAUGCAAAAUUUUGUUAUUGCUGAGUUGGUUUCUAAUGUAAUUAAUAAUAAUAUACAUGGAUAAAGCAGAUAUAUAACAUUAAAAAAUACGCCUGGUGGCCAAGUGGUAGCUUUUCGUGCUCCCGUGCCACAGGUCCUGGGUUCGAUCCUCGUGCCGGGCAAGGUUGGCUCAGCCUUUCAUCACUUCAGUGGGUCAGUCAAUAAAUGAGUACCAAGCAUGCUUGGGAACUAAACACAGGGGGUUCCACGUUCGACUGACCACCUGACCGGAACAUCUGCUCCUGCACCACGGAGCCUCAAGGUCAUGAAAACUGAGAUGGGCACAGUAGACCUUGGCUCUCUAUGGAUUGUCGCGAUUGAUUUAGUUUGUUUAGUUUUAUAACAAUAAAAAAUUUAAGUAUUUAAAGAAAAUGUGAAUCACAUUGCCAUUCUACUCAAAUCUAAAAAAUAUUUUCCUGGACUGCCUACUAGUUCAGUUUUGAGAAAACAUGGAUAGAAAAAGGGAUAAAUAAGUAGGAAAAUUUUAUUCUUGCAGUUAUGAAUAUUGAAUGUAAAAAUAACAAUAUAAGAGAUAAAGUAUUUUCCCCCCAUUUAUGGAACUUUCUUGAGUUUUCCCUAUUUGUUUAAGACCCUUUUCCUUGCCAGUCGAUAUUUCUAGUUAUGUUGUGUGAUAUUGCAUUUUUUUUUUUUUUAUAUAUAAAUUGGUUGAAAACAUGUUAAAUGUACUAAGUCAGGCUGCACAUAGCAUUUCGCCACCUCCCCAAAUGCUAUAAAAUUGUAAAUCUGGUGAAUAAAGUUGUGCUUUGUCGAAA